AUGGCCAAUCCGUCCCGCAGUGAAUGUCUCUCACAAGAAUUUUAUCCAUCCAGCCAUCCUCGCAGCCCAACGAUCCUGCGUCUGGACUGCUCUUGUAGUCACGUAGCGUUAAAAAAGAAACAUCCUUGGUGGAAGGCUGCAGAGACAGCAGAAACCGACGCAUUCAACGAAUCCAAAGCCGCAGCUAUGUUUGCACUCCUGUUCAGCCGUGACAAGCGAUUGUUACGAGUCCGCGUUAGUCACAGAGCACAGUGCUCAACGUCAAUGAGGUCACCUGCUUCAUCAAACUCAGAUGACGAGACUGAGGGGGACAUGAGCUUGAUGAAAUUACAUGAAGCGUUGCGGGCUCAAAAAGCUAGGCGCCAUCUGUGUACUAUCCUCAGCAAGGUGAGUGGGCUAGAAGAUGUGACUGAAUCUGAACUCGCUCUGCACGCCAGUGUAAUGGAUGAUAAUAUUCUCUGA